CAUUAACUCUUCGGGCACAAGAUGAACUUUUUAUCCAUUGGCUCAACUGGAGGGCAGACAAUGGACGCUUAAAAGCCUGGAUUUCCCGUGCUUCUCUACCUGGCCACCCUGCUUUGACCACAGCAUGGCCUUUACCUUCAGUGAGAUUUCCAUCCCCAUACUGGCUCUAAUCUUUGGUGGAGUGAGCUUCAUCAUCUGCAAUUUAAUCACUGACUCCAUGCCUUGGAGCGUAUGGCAUUAUAACAACAUAAACAUUUCAACCAUUUGGUUGGGCCUUUGGAACUACUGCUACCUGCCAAGAGAUCCUGAAAACCCUACCACUAGCCUAGAAAAAGUCUGCGUCAGAAUGAGCUGGACCUGGAAAUUCCCACCAGUUUUGAGCCUGAGUCAAGACUUAAUGUUGUUAGCCACAGUCCUAGAAGGAGUUGGUCUCUUUUUUACACUUGUGGGAUUGAUCUGCAUGUUCAGAAGGGACCCAUGUCCCGAGUUGUACCAUUGUUUCCUUAUUGGGGGACACUUUCAUGCUGUCGGAUGUGCCAUUGUGCUAGUCACCGUGUCCUGGAAUUGGUACCUGGACUCAGUCACCCAGCGGUUCAUUUUUCCCAUUGAAUUUCUGCCACAAGAGAAACCAGUCAACAGGGAUGUCGGCUCUGCUAUUCCCUUAGGGCUGAUAUCUUCCCUCUUUGUCCUUCAGAGUGAGUUGAUCUUAAUAUUUCACGGGUGUAAUCUGAGCCCAAACAACCAAGUGCAUCCCACGCACGUCUGAAGAGGCCUUCACCCAAGACAAACAGCUCGUUGCCAUAAAGUUUUUUUCUCUUCUCUCUUCAGUGGCUUUUUAGAACUCAUAAAAGAUGAAGGCUAGUGACUUCGCUCUCUCCAGCAUUAUCCUCAUUUUAUAACAUUUCAUCAUACACAUAGAGUAAAUGAUUAAUUCCUUCA